AUGCACCAGGAGCCCGAGGCCCGGCCCGCAGCUCGAACCGGAGCUAAUAAAGAAAACACCGCGUCUGUGCAUCCCGGAGACAACAGACGGAGGGAGUACCGCAUCCCGGAGCCGCUGCCGGGACCCGCUCCGCACCGCACCGCAGCGCACCGCACCGCACCGCAGCGCAGCGCAGCCUCCGCAUCCCGCUUCAACAUGUCGCAUCCACCCGUGUUGUUGUGGUGGUGGAGGCUGCUUCUCCUGUGUGCCUCCAUCAGCUCCUCCAGAGCUGCAGCCUCAGUGUCCCGAAAGUGUGAGGACAGCCUGGCCACCCCGCUGCCCUACAGCUCCCUCACCAGUUCGUCUAUCUACGGCCGGGGAUAUGGUGCUGGCUACGCCAAGCUCAACAGGAAGCAAGGUUCUGGAGGCUGGUCCCCCCUGGACACAGACCGGUACCAGUGGCUACAGGUCGACCUGGGCUCCAGGAAGCAGGUGGUUGCCGUGGCGACGCAGGGUCGCUACAGCAGCUCCGACUGGACCAGCAAGUACCGGCUGCUGUACAGCGACACGCAGAAGAACUGGAGGCCGUAUCUGCAGGACGGAAACAUUUGGACCUUUGAGGGCAACGAGAACAGCGAGGCUGUGGUUCGUCACGAGCUGCAGCACGCCAUCCUGGCUCGCUACAUCCGCUUCAUCCCGCUGGACUGGAGCAAGGAGGGCCGCAUCGGCCUGCGCCUGGAGCUGUACGGCUGCUCGUACUGGGCGGACGUGAUCAGUUUCGACGGCCACAGCGUCAUCUCCUACCGCUUCAGGAGCAAAAAGAUAAAGAUCGUGAAGGACAUCAUCUCGCUGAAGUUCCGGACCACGGCCGGAGAAGGGGUGCUGCUGCACGGGGAGGGCCAGCAGGGGGACUACAUCUCCCUGGAGCUCCGCAGGGCCAGGCUGCAGCUCAGCAUCAACCUAGGCAGUAACCAGUACGGCCCGAUUCAGGGCCACACCUCGGUGAGCAGCGGCAGCCUGCUGGACGACGACCACUGGCACUCCGUCCUCAUCGAGCGAUACCGCAGGAACGUCAACUUCACCCUGGACCACCACACGCAGCAGUUCAGGACCAACGGGGAGUUCGACCACCUGGACCUGGACUACGAGAUCAGCUUCGGCGGCCUGCCGCUGUCCGCCAAGCCCAGCUCGGCGGGGAAGGAGAACUUCGUGGGCUGCAUGGAGGGAAUCACCUACAACGGAGACAACAUCACCAACCUGGUGCGCAGGAAGAAGGUGGACACCUCCAGCUUCCGGAACCUGACCUUCUCCUGCGCCGAGUCCAACUCCUUCCCCGUGUUCUUCAACUCCACGUCCUUCCUGCGGCUGCCGGGCCAGAGCGACAGCGACACGCUGUCGGUCAGCCUGUCCUUCCGGACCUGGAACCCCAACGGCCUGCUGAUGUUCACGUCGCUGGCCGACGGCUGGGUGGAGGUGGGGCUGACCGACGGCAAGGUCACCAUCUACAUGAACGUGACGCAGAAGAAGAACACGCGCAUCGACAUCUCGUCCGGUUCAGGGCUGAACGACGGCCAGUGGCACAGCGUCCAUCUCAACGCGCUGGAGAACUACGCCAUGCUGACGGUGGAUGGAGACGAGGCGUCCACGGUCCGGACCGCCAUCCCAAUCCAGAUCCAGACCGGAGGAACCUACUACUUCGGAGGCUACUUCCUGCACACCAGCGCCCGGUCCCAUCAGCGCUCCUUCCAGGGCUGCAUGCAGAUGAUCCACAUCGACGACCACCUGGCGGACCUGCGGGCCGUGGAGCAGGGCCUCAUCGGCACCUUCCAGAACGUCAGCCUGGACAUGUGUGCCAUCAUAGACAGGUGCAUCCCGAACCGCUGCGAGCACGGCGGCCGCUGCUCUCAGACCUGGGACACGUUCAGCUGCAACUGCAGCGGGACGGGCUACACCGGAGCCACCUGCCACACCCCGCUGUACCAGCAGUCCUGUGAGGAGUACAGGCACCAGGGGAAGAGUUCCGGCAGCUACUGGAUCGACCCGGACGGCAGCGGCCCCGUCGCCCCCUUCAGGGUCCUCUGCGACAUGGAAGAGGACACGGUUUGGACCACACUGAAGAACAACCUGUCCCCUCAGACCUCAGUUUCUGCUGCAGACCAGGAGGGGAAAGCAGUGCUGCAGAUUACUUACAACGUCACUGACGAGCAGGUGCUGUCAGUGACCAGCAUCGCAGAGACCUGUGAGCAGUUCGUGGCGUACGCCUGCAGGAUGUCCCGCCUGCUCAACAGUCCAGACGGCGUCCCGUUCACCUGGUGGGUGGGACGGGCCAACGAGAGGCACUUCUACUGGGGCGGCUCCGGGCCGGGCAUUCAGAAGUGUCUGUGCGGCAUCGAGCACAACUGCACCGACCCCAAGCAUCACUGCAACUGCGACGCCGACCAGCGGGCCUGGAGGGAGGACGCCGGCCUCCUGGUGUAUAAAGACCACCUGCCCGUCAGCCAGGUCGUGGUGGGCGACACCGGCAGAGCGGGAUCCGAGGCCAAACUCACCGUGGGGCCUCUGAGGUGCCAGGGCGACCGGAACUACUGGAACGCCGCGUCCUUCACCAGCCCCGCCUCCUUCCUCCACUUCCCGUCCUUCAGAGGAGAAACCAGCACCGACAUCUCCUUCUACUUCAAGACGUCGUCCAGCCACGGCGUCUUCCUGGAGAACGUGGGAACCAACAACUUCCUGCACAUCGAGCUCCGAGGGGGCGCCACGGUGUUCUUCUCCUUCGACGUGGGCAGCGAGCGGGUGGAGCUGAGCGUGCGCUCGCCGGCGCCGCUCAACAACGACCAGUGGCACCGGGUGGAGGUGGAGAAGAACAUCAAGGAGGCCACGCUGCAGCUGGACGGCCAGCAGCGGGAGGUCCGCGCCACGCCGCUGCAGGGCCACGCCAAGCUGGAGUUCUACAGCGACCUAUACGUCGGCGCUUCGAGCGGCCAGAGGGGCUUCCUGGGCUGCAUGCGCGCCCUGAAGAUCAACGGCGUGACCUUUGACCUGAAGGAGAAGGCAAAGGUGACCGCGGGUGUGAACCCGGGCUGCCAGGGACACUGCAGCAGCUACGGCGUUCACUGCAGGAACGGGGGGAAGUGCCUGGAGCAGUAUAACGGCUACUCCUGCGACUGCUCGCUGACGGCGUACGACGGGCCCUUCUGCACCGACGACGUCGGCGGCUACUUUGAGACGGGAACGCUGGUGCGGUACGACUUCCUGCCCGAGGCGGGCCCCUUCCCGCUGCGCGAGGUCAAGGGUCAGGCGGGGGUCGGCGUGGGCGCGCCGGGCGAGGCCAACCUGACCCGGGAGGAGCUGCUGUUCAGCUUCAGCACCUACAGCGCCCCCAGCAUCCUGGUCUACGUCAGCUCCCGCACCCAGGACUACGUGGCCGUGGUGCUCAGGCACAAUGGCACGCUCCAGAUCCGCUACAACCUCGGGGGGCUAGCGGAGCCGUACACCAUAGACGUGGAUCACCGCAACAUGGCCAACGGGCAGCCGCAUUCCGUCAACGUCACCAGGAACCUGAGAGACAUUCGACUGCAGCUGGAUCACUACCCGGUGUCCACAUACACCCUGCCCGACGCCUCCGACACUCAGUUCAACUCCGUCAAAAGCAUCUUUCUGGGAAAGGUCUUCGAAACGGGGCAGGUCGACCCCGUCCUGAUCGAGCGCUACAACACGCCGGGCUUCGUGGGCUGCCUGUCCAGAGUGCAGCUCAACAGCGUGGCGCCGCUGAAGGCCGCCCUGCGCUCCGGCAUGGCGGCGCCCGUCAGCACGCACGGGAUCCUGGUCCCGUCCAACUGCGGCGCGUCGCCUCUCACCAUCUCCCCCAUGGCGGCGGCCAGCGACCCCUGGCACAUGGAAGCAGCUGGAGCCGUUUUCCCCUUCAGCGAGGACAAGGCCGGCGGCGGCGGCGUGGAUCGCAACUCCGCCGUGAUCGGAGGCAUCAUCUCCGUGGUGAUCUUCGCCGUCCUCUGCAUCAUGGUGUUCGUCGUCCGCCACAUGUUCCGCCACAAAGGCUCCUACCACACCAACGAGGCCAAGGGCGCCGAGUCGGCCGACUGCGCCGACGCCGCCAUCAUCGUCAACGACCCGGCCUUCACCGAGACCAUCGACGAGAGCAAGAAGGAGUGGUUCAUCUGAGCCCGCGCACGCACAACACGUGACCUUAGGAUGGAUGUAGUUUU